AUGGCCUCCCGAUUUUUAGUUUUCGCAUUAUUUUCAAUAUUAAUCACAUACACUGCUGCCUUCACCUGCAAUGACUGCACCGCGCUCGAGCUUAGGCAACCACCGACCAGGAUGCCCUGGGACAAAGACACCAGCAGCUUAAAACAGAGGGCCACUCCUAGCAAGAGAGAUGAUGUGCAGCUCAUUCAGCCGCCCGGACCACACCAAACCGCCAAGCUUGGCUACAAGACGGAGCUCACUAAGGAGUGCGCGCAGGCCUGCCUCAAGACUUGCCAGCCAUUUGACGGCUUGCCGUACGAGUAUGCAGACUGUCUGCUUGCUUGUCAUGCUCGGUCUCCUUCAAACUGUUUGGUACCCUGA